AGCUCGAAGUUAGGAAAGUAUAAGAAACUUGUUGGUCCAAUCCAUGGUAGCAGGGUAGCACUACAAUGGUAGGCAUGUGAAACUUCUUUGCUCAUUUCUUAAUCUUUUAUUCUGCUAUUCUCCUCAUCAUAUCAGAAUCUUCUGCUCACAUCCACUUGCCAUUGCCAGUUUGCAUGCCAUACUUACAGCACAACAUAGAUUGGCUACAUAUGGAGUGUUCCAUGCCACACGCACACACCAUACUCUUAGAGAGAGGAACAGAAGAUGAGCAACCAUCGCAAGUUCAGGUUAUCCCAUCUCAUGCCGAAUUCUUGGUUCUACAAGAUCACAGAAAUGAAGAGACCCAGGCCACCAAGCCAAAGCACUGCAGCAGCUACAAGGUCCUCCAAGAGACCAUCAAACCACUACUGCCAUCGAGCCACCACUCCCAAGCCGCUUCCAUUAUCACAGCACCAAUCCUACUACACCGACCUACAAGAGAAGGAAGUGUUCCCGGAGAAGCUGCACCUCUCUCCUCUCCAUCUCAACCCAAAGGCAACCGACAUCCAAUUCCCCAAAGAUCACCAUCAUCAGUCACCAACGUCAAGGAGCACCGCCGCUUCCAUCGAAGACGACAAGUUUCACGGCUUGCAACUACGCCCAAUUCGCACAAGGCCAGCAUCAACCGGCGCAAGAUGUGUGCACCGGACCACAAUCACAAGAAGCGUUGCAUGCCCGAGCUCACCAAGGCUACGGAGUAGAAAGCUGCAUGAUCAGAGCAGUUCUUGCAGGGUGAGCACCGGUCACCAGAGAAGCAGCGCUGCGAGGAGCUUCGCCGUCUUGAUAGCUUCCAGGAACCCGUCCAGGGACUUCCGGGAGAGCAUGGUCGAGAUGAUCAUCGAGAACGACUUGCGAGCGCCUAAUGAUUUGGAGGGCCUCCUUGAGUGCUACCUGUCAUUGAACUCAAGGGAGUACCACAGAGUAAUCAAGGAGGUGUUCGAGGCAAUCUGGCUUCAGAUUGCUGAUGACAGCAUUGAGGUGUGAGGAAUAAUAUUGGAUACCGAGCUGUGAAUCAAGUUUCCUAGGCCUUGUAUUACUUUUGAGGGAUGUGGCACUUUUAUUUAAGGUUCAUGAAACUAGUUACCAGAAUCAGUCCUGAAAAAUAAAGAGUCAGUCAAGGUAUCCAAGAUAUGUAACAUCCAAUCCAAAACUUUCAUCCUA